CACGAGCGCCGCGAUGGCCGGUCGUUGGAGCUUGCCUUCAGCUGCUGUUUCACUUUGUCGAGUUCAGUUUGCAAAACGCUGUGACACGAAAAGGAUUAUUAACGCGGACGAAACGUUCAAGCGUUGCGUAGUGAAGCGACUUAGCGCUGAGCAGCUUAGUGGGUCGCAUUCAUUAUAGAAGCAUACUUUUGUGUGCCACUUAGUAUUUUUGAAAAUUAAAAAAUAAUUGUAUUUUUUUUACAAAAGUUUUAUCAAAGACUGUUUACUUUUUAUAAAAAGUUCAGUGUUUUUUGGAAUUAUUUUUUAGUGCAAGUGUUUUUUAAAAAGCGUAUGCGAUGUGCAGCUAUUACAACGCGCCUACAAGUGUGCUACAUUUGCUCAUCUUGCCGGUCAUCUUGCUGCUGCUGCAGUGCAUACCGAAUGGUGCGGCAAUUAAAUGUUUUGUCUGUGACUCCAGCGAUAAUCCAAGUUGUGAGAAUUUGAAAUCAAAUCAAAGCAUGGUGGCAGAGGAAUGUACUCUAGUCAAAAUGAAAUCAACCAAUACUUGGCUUUUCGACUUAAAUCGUUUUGCGUACUUCGAUACCGGCGCUAGUAAUGGGCCGCUAAUGAACUGCCAAAAAGUGGUGGCCAGAGAUCCAAACACCGGCAAAAUGGUGACAGCACGCUUCUGUCAGUUGGAUACCGCCGAUUCGGAUGCCUGUCAAAUAUUGGGCAACAAAUUGGGUUGGCCACCAGAGUUGGCGCGUAACGCUAACCUCGACGCGGAUGACAAGAAUAAAAGAAACAAGAAGCGUAAGGGCAAAGGCGGCAAUAAUAAUAGCGGUGUAGACAAUCUGGAAGAUUCGGAGCUGCACUGUUCCAUUUGCGGUACAGACGGCUGUAAUGGCAGUCCAAGCAUUUCGGCAUGGAGUUGGUGGUGCGCCGGUACGCUACCAAUGCUCAUAGCAAUCGUCAACAUAUCGCGUCAUAGUGUGUGGUGAAUGCGGAGCAUGAAAACACUAGUGGAGUGCGGCUGAGAGAGCUGAGAUUGAUCGAAUAAAAAAUUAAAAUUAUUACAAAAAAUGGUGCAAUAUAAUUUUAAGGUUAAGUUCAAUGGUCAAUGUGUUGUUCAACGGCAUUUUGCCGUGUGCGUUCAAAUUGUUUGGAAAAAGUGGUGCAGAGCGUUGUGGAGCAUAGCCAGAUAAAUGCCUUGAGUUUAAUAUAGUUUAAUGUGUAGUUGAGUCACCAGAUGUGCACACUGUAAAUAUUCAUUCAAUACUGUUAUCUGUGUAAAUAGGCAUAAACGUAUAAAACAUAUAUAUGAAAAUAGAACUGUUACAAAAAAACAUAAAGUUAUCACUAAGCGUUCAUUUAAUGCGGCUUCUGCUUCAGUGAAGUGUUUGUAAAACGUAAAUAUUUCAUUACAGUAGUGUGUUCUUUAUUUAUUAAAGUGAAAUUCUUACAAUUUACAAGGUUAUUUUACUUUUGUUUGAAUUAUAAGCGCCGUAAUAUAUUAUAUUAUAUAGCAUGUGCCGAGAGAAAAACUUCCGAAAAUUUUAUCUAAAUUUAAAACAUACUCAAGACAGCACAAUUUUCCUCAUUUCAAAAUUUACGGUCACCUAUUGAUUAUUAUUGAAAGAUCAAAUUCUUAAUAUAGAAAGAUUAAAGAAGGCUAAUGGUACGCCAUUUCGAUGUUGAGUCGAGUCAUUGUUACUUCAAAAUAUGAACUAUUUAACAAGAUUACCUUCACUGUUUAAAUUUAACUAUUUCGGAGAAAUGUGGCAACAUAGCAAUAGCGAAAGUAUUACGGGUUAAUGUUGUUGUGACCUCAAAAUAUAAACUCCUUUGAAAAGAGCACUUUUUCAAAAGGUCAAAUUGCUAACAUAGAAAUAUUAAAGAAGACUAAUUGUACCAAAUUUCGGUAUUGGGCCGAGACAUUGGGACUUCAAAAUAUAAACUCAUUCGAUAAAAGAACUUUCACUGGUUAAAUUUAAGUAUUUUAGAGAAAUGUGGCAACAUGCAAUGGGGAAAGUAUUGCGGGUUUGUGUCAUUGUGAUCUCAAAGAACUUUCACUGUUUAGACUUUGAAAUUUCAGGGAAAUGUGGCAACAUAGGGAGGCAAGGGGGAAAGUAUUGCGGGUUUGUCCAUAUACUUAGGAAGACAUACAAAACAGUAAGGAUUUUUCAAGAACCAAAGGGUGCAAGCGUAAUGGUUUAUACGUAUAGAGCUUAUUUAGAGAACUUUCUGUACCACAUAGCUUCCAAUAUACUAAUAAUAAUGAUUGAAAAGUACUACUUGUUUUACGAUAUCGAUCACUUUCACGCAGUUGCAUAUCUGUCUUUUAUUUGCGUUGAAAAAUUGAAACUUCUCUCUAAUCUUCAAAUGGAAUAUAUAAUAAUUGAGUUUUUCUUUUAUUCUGAAGACUUAUUAGAUAUGACAAGAAAAUGUGUUUCAGAUCGUAGUCGUUCUUUUUUACUUACUGAUUAGUGAUUAAGAGUUAAUGAUCGAGUGUAUUUUUAGUCGAGGUGGAGGUAUUUCCUUUUGCGAAUUAAAAUACCAAUUUUGAGGUGUAAAUGAACUAAAAUUCGCGGGAAAUACGGUAUUCUUCCACAAUUCAAAACAUAAAUAAACAGUUUGACUGCUCAGUUCCCACUGUAUACUAAAAUACAGAAAACCUGAGAGUUCAUGCUAGCUAUUAAAGUUGAAGCCACUGAGUCCGAAUGUCGGUAGUAAAUUUUAAUAAUUUCAACUCGUUGUUAAAUCGUAUAUCUUUCCAUGAUGAAAUGGCAAACCUUAUUAAAGAAAAAAGUCAAAAGUGCGGAGAAAAAUAUGGCGUCGUUUGCUGUCCCUAUUGAUCUACUUUUGUAACGUCCCUAAUGAAAACGCCGUUACAAUACUUAUAUUUUAUCGGACUAUAGAAUUCUGACAAGCUUAUAGUGUAACGCCUUUCAAAUUUUCUAGGUACUAGCAUAUUAUCUCUUUCUCUUUUCAACAUAACUUUUAUCUUCUCUUUAGACUUUGGAGAUGAGUGUGCUCUAAAGAAACGCUAUAACGACGUUCAAACAGAUCAAUUACUGCGUAUAAACAAUUGAAUUUAAAAUGGAAAUUUUCAAAUAUUUUUAUAAAAGAAACUUUUUAAGCAAACUUUGCAGUGUUCUCAACUGAAUAUUGCCGUAGACAUUUCGAAUAUUGAUUAAUUAAAAAAUAUAAACAAAUAAAAAUUAAUUUUAUUAAAUAUUUUUUGUUUUAAUUAAUAAGAAAAAAUUAUUUUACAAACAAAUUAGUAAAUAUUAAAAAAAUUAAAAAAUAUUAUAUAAACCAUGUGGUAAUUUUGAUUUUUAUAAAUUAUAAGGAUUAAUAUUCACCAAAUGCCUUUAAGUUUUUUAAGAAUUAAAUGGAAAAAUAUGUAGAAAAAUGCGGCGAAUGAAAAUAGAGUAAGAAAAUGAUUAAAUUGUUGUUAAUGUUGUAAGUUUCACGAGCAUAAUACGAAGGCAGAUGAGUUACGCAAGAAACCAAUUACGAAAAUUUAAAUAAUAAUAAAGAAAGUGCGAAGAUUUAGAAACGAAUCCAAAAUUAAAAAAAAAGUAGCGAAAAAAUUGAAAAAUUUAGUAAAAUAUUAAGCUGGCAAAUGAGGAAGUGCGAAGGGCAUGGCAAUAAUGGUUAAUGUUACGUGUUUAGCAGGAAGUUGUAUAUAUAUAUAUCACAUGUAAGUAUUUCCAAGCAAAAAAUAUAUGCAUAUAACAAUAACAAAAACAAUUGAUGUGGUUUCGCAAAUGCUUCGGUCUUCAAUAAGAAACAAAUAUUUAUACUCCUGUCUGUUCUAUAAUUAUAAAGUGACUGAGACUUCGAAGCAAGCUUACAAACAAAUAUACUUAAUACAACUCGUCACAAAAGAAACAAUUACACAUUUGAUAACGAUAAGUGAAUGCAAUCAACAAACAUACACAUAAACGUAUGCUUGUGUGUGUGUGAGUGUCUGAGGCGGUUGCAAUGCAAAGCACAAGAGUCCAAUAAGAUAUUCAUCGCCAAAGCAUUUGUAUCUAAAUAAAAAAGCACAACAAAACAAUGAGAGAAAUCUGAUAAACACACACAAACACACGUGUUUAAUAAUAAAAAUAUUAAAGUUUAUCACGGCAAAGCGGAAAUUAAUUAAAGUUGGAAAUAUUUUUAAUUGCAAGCAGCGUAUAAAAUGCAAAAUAUGAAUAAUAAUAUAAACAGGGUAACAAAAAAUGUUUGAAGAGCAACAUGAAAACAGAAAAUUUGGCGAUGGCAAACAAGUACUACACAAUAUAAUGUAUGUGCAUGUAUGUGUAGAGGGCGCAUAAAAUAUGAAUGCAAUAAAAAUUCCAUUUAAACAAAUAAAGAAAUACCUAGCCUAGCAAUUAAAGUUCAGUGUUAACAAUUCAUAAAUGUAAGCCAACAAAGCAUAUGCAUACAUAGCCAAAUACAUACACACACCAUAAAUAUUGACCAAGUAAUCGUCUGCAUGUUUAACCAAAAAAGAAGAAUAAAAA